AUGUACCCCAAAUCAGUUCACACAGGCCAAACAAUUCAUUCUAGAGUAAGAAAGGAUACAUGCAUAGCCAGGGUUAGAGAAAACGGAUCAGGACCCACUCCAUCCAUGUGUUUGUCUCUAGCCUUUACUUUUCUUCUGCUUAUCCAAGUGGAAGUGGGAAGCUAUACCUCCUCAUCAAAUAAGACACAGCAGGAAGGCAUAUUAAUAUUAGCAAGGCAGUCCUGGAGGAGACUGGGGAAUCACAUUGCCUUUCAUAUACAAACACUUUUUUCCCCACGUUAUUCCCAACAGAGGGAGCCAUAG